GUGUAGCAUUGUUUGCAAAGGAAUGAAGUCCUGGCUUGAUAUACUCAUAGAACUGGAUAUAAGGUGUGGGCAGAUGUCCCGAUAUCGCAGUCACUAGAUAACAAUUGGGAGGAAACUAUAAAAUGGUAAAAGGUACGCGUCUCAGGUGCUUUGUUGCUGUAUUCAUUGUGGCUGUCAUCAAUUAUUGGCCAAAGACCUUUGGACUGGACAAUUUAACGAAGAAAAACAUUUACAAUAACAAUGGUUUCGGACAAUAUAGUUUUGAGUUCGAAACAUCGGAUGGAACUUAUCGUCAAGAAGAUGGCGGACUCUUUUUCAAUUCCCUUGGUGUCAGUCAAUUUGCAGUACGAGGAGAAUACCGUUAUAAGGACCCUCAAGGAAAAUAUCAUGCCAUGAAAUAUAUUGCUGACGAAAAUGGAUUCCAACCUGUAGAAAAUGAUGAUAUUCGGGUUAACGAUAGGAGAAUUGUAAAAUAAUAGUUGUUAUGUGAAUGGAAAUAUUUAAUUUCAGAAAGCGUGAUCAACGAGUGAUUUAUUAGUGUGUUAUUGGACACACUGUAAUGCAAAGUGCCGAGGUCAAAUCAGACAUUAAAUAAAAUAAAAAUGUAAUGUAA